AUGUGUCCACCUUCCCAGGAUAAGCGCAACCGCCACAGAAACCGCAACAAGCGCAAGGAGACGAAGAUGCGUAUGAGCAACUAUAUCGACGAUGCCAAGCUUAGCACCGUCAGCGCCGCUUACGAGCUCUAUGGUUGUGCUAUCAAGGCCAUCCUAUCCACUCCUGACGGCUACAUCAUCGAAUGGGACCACGAUAGCGUCUGCGCCACGCUCCAUGCCGUCAGCAUCAGCUACUUGCCUGACAGCACUCUUACCAUCACAGCAACCUUCCUCGAUAGUGACGGCUUCUUAUCUUACGCCAUGCUUCAGGCUGUCAGCGUCAGAUACGAGCCGAAUGGUGACACUACUCUCGCGACAACGUUCACAACUCCUGGCUGGUUUAUUCGCAGCCCGAUCAUCAAUAUACCCCACCAACAACAGACUGGAAGUUUCGAGGGAGAGUCAAACGAGCCGAUCCAGCAUGCGCACCCAUACAAAUCGGAGAUUGACAAGAUCGAGAAGUUGGCCCAGAAGGCGGAGGCUCUUGGAGAUAUGGUAGAGAAGGAGUCGGCGCAACUGAGGGACAAUGCGGCGAGACUGUUGAAGUUGUUCAAGCCAUCUAAGCUCAGAGAAGAAGAAGAGUGA